CGCAGUGGCGCCUGAGGCCUAGUCUCCGAGAGAGGGUCCGCCCGCCAUUGUCCCCGAUGGGCUCGGCCCCUCCGCCCGCGGCCUCGGCCUCGUCGCCGUCCUCGUCCCGGCGCCACUCGUGUUACCUGUGUGACCUGCCGCGGAUGCCGUGGGCGAUGAUCUGGGAUUUCUCUCAGGCCGUGUGCCGGGGCUGCGUUAACUAUGAGGGAGCGGACCGCAUCGAGCUGGUCAUCGAGCAGACCCGGCACCUGAAGCGGGCGCACGGCCUCCCGGCUCCCGGGGCCCAGGCGCAGGCUCAGGCCCAGGCCAGGCCCCGGACUCCCUUACCCCCUCCAGCCCCGGCUGCCCAUCACCAUCACCGGCUCCUCCUGGGGGAUUACCCCGGGUCUGAGGUCCCCCCACCUCCGCCCCCGCCGCCGCCCACCGCCCGAGGCCGCCCCCUCCUGGGCCUCAGCCCGCGCUCGGGCCCGCCGCUGGGCCUCAGCCUGGGCCUCGAGUUAGGCCGAGGGCGGCACGAGCUGGAGAGGGCGCUGCGGGAGAAGGCGGGGCCGCCGCUGCCGCCCGGACACGGGCCCGGACCCGGGGCCGAGGCCUCUCUGUCGGAGCUGGGCCGCGCCUUCAGGCACCGAACCGAGGAGUGGGCCGGCCGCCCGGCCGCCGUCAGGGACUCCCUGCUCGGCCUGUCCGACUGCGCCCCCUUCCCCCUCCGGCUGCGGGCCGAGCCCAGCCUCCAGGCCCGGGUGUUGGCCUUCGACGCGGCGGAGCGCUGCCCGGACCGGGCCCUGGAGCUGAGGCUGUUCAUCGAGUAUCCGAGCGGCUCCGGGGCGGUGCACUCCGGGGUGGCCGAGGCCGUGCGGCACAUGUUGGCCGACAGCGCCAAGGAAGCGCAGGCCCCGGGCCUGGAGUGCCUCGAGUACGAGAGGAGGCCCGGAGCCGGCGACUGGAGGCCCCUGUCCCACCUCCUGACCGAGGCCGCCCGCCUCUUCAAGGAGGCCGUGCCCGCCGACCUGCUGCCGGAGCCACACGCCGAGCCCGGGCUCAGCCGGCCACCCCCCCCUCCCACCUCCUCCAGGCCUUUGGGCCCACCCAGGCGCCGCAAGGCCUCGCCGGAGCCUGAGGCCUGCAAAGGCCUCCCCCCGGGGGACCCCCAGGCCUGGCCUCCGGAGGGUCACUCCCCGGCCGGCUCCUCCGGCUCGGCCGCCGACCCCCUGCUCCCCAAGGAGGCGGUGCACUCCACCACCGCGGCCCCCGGCCAGAGGCGCCUGACCUCCCGUAACGGCGGCGAGGUUGAGCCGGGAGCCGAGCCCCCCCCUCCUCAACCGCCGCCACCCCCCGCCGCGCCGUCGGCGGGUGCCCCGGACUCCUCCAGCAGCCCUCUCUGCUGCACCAUCUGCCACCAGCGGCUGGAGGACACCCACUUCGUCCAGUGCCCCUCGGUGCCCGGCCACAAGUUCUGCUUCCCCUGCUCCCGGGAGAGCAUCAAGUCGCAGGGGGCCAACGGCGAGGUCUACUGCCCCAGCGGUGAAAAGUGCCCGCUCAUCGGCUCCAACGUGCCCUGGGCCUUCAUGCAGGGAGAGAUCGCCACCAUCCUGGCCGGUGACAUCAAGGUGAAGAAGGAGAGGGACCCCUGAGACACCGCGAGAGACCGAGACUGAGCUGCUUGAGUCAAGGAGCUAGCUGCCUGUAACUCCUCCUCUUUGGAAACCUCCCGCCCUCCUCACCCACUGAUGGACCGAGAGGUCUCUGCAACCAAAAACAAAAAUUCAAAGCCAACUACGAGAGACAAUGGGAUUGAUUUGCCUUCUCUUGGGAAGAUACCCGCCAUCCGCUCCAAGGACAGACUUUACUGCAGCGAGAGAGACCAGGGGGAGUAUCAUUCAGCAUCACCCCUUGGCCAACAUUGGCACUUAGACACUGGUGUGCGUCGUGGAGGAUGGGAGAGUGGCAGAGGUUUUGAAACUCCCGCGAUUUCAACGUGCCCGAAACGUAUCAAGUUGUUGCGCCGUUGCCAACGUGGUGGAUUAUCUGGGAGUGGUUGACACUGGUUUUGCAUUAUCCGUGCAUACCCGUCGAACUUUCUGGACAACCACUUUUUUUGUAUAUGUAUGUUUGUGUUUUGUGUGUGUGUGUGUGUGUGUGUUUUUGUUUUAAAACGUUGUGCUGGGGGAUUAUCCCGGGCCUGAGAUUCCCCCUCUGCUGCUGCCUCCUCUGCCCACAGCAUCCCUCCCCAAAAGGGGGGAGAACCAUGCAUCCAGAGGUGCCUGUGAUGUCUGUGUGACCUUCGCUCACUCUCUCUUCCUCCCCCUCUUGCUCCCCAACCAGCGUCUGUUUGUGCACUGCCCCCUCACUCUGAGUUGGAAGCCACGAUAUGUUGACUUGCAGGGGCUGACACACCAGCACUUUGCGGAUUCGCACAGUGCUGUGUAACCUUUGAGCUGUGGCAGAUUCCUCUUUAAGGGAAGGUCAGAAUGCUCAUUGGUCUGCCAGGGCCUGAGGUUGGCACAGGCUUGGCAGUUGACACGUGGUUGGAAGCUGGAGUGGCGGGGAGCAUUCCUCUUGCCAACACUGCCACACAAAGCCAGCUGCAGCCCUGAGACACCGUUGGGAAAGUUUGUGGCCGGCUGAUCCGGGCUGUGCUGAACCGUGGCCUCAGGGCAGUGGGCUUGAUGGGAAUCCUCAAUCUGCCUUGGCACCCUUAUCCUCCCCCAGCAAUUAACAAUGAGAGUGAGCCCCCCCCCCCCAAUCCUCCACCGGCCCUUGUGCAGUGGCGAGGGCCAUAUGUGGGUGUUAAGGGAGAGCUGUGAUACUUCCUGAUGUUCAGUAGCCUGUGUGAACUCUCACAGUCUGAGGGUGGUGAUUGAGGGGAGAGUGGUUGGGAGUGAUCCUCACUGAACGGGUCACUUCCUGUUGCCCUCUUGUUGGGGCUGCUGUGGUGGAUCAGAAAUGUCAUUUGUCUUUGUGAAGUUUAUCUUUCGCCUUGUGCUACCGUCAAACGCAAGCGACGAGUUUAAACCCCCAACUGGUCUUUUUAAGAAUAGUGGGAGACACCUCUGGGCGGGAGGGUGAGAUCGACAAGAGUCCUGUCGCUGACUGGUUCACAAAACAGCAGUGAAUCCUUUUGGAUGAAGAUGGAUUGAGCUGCACCUGAGCUGACCACAGUUACUGCACCCUGCAGUACUCUGUAGAGUUCCACAGCAGUGGUCAGUGCUUUUCCCAUUGGAACCACAGUCACUCUCGGGUUGCGUCAGAUGUGUCCUCGUCCUCUUCGCUGCCACUUGUGUGCCCAGUUUGGUGGACCUUUGGAGGGCAGUGUGUGACUGACUUGUUAAGUGGGCCAGGUAUUCAUAAAUAUCAGAAGGGGAAUGGAGAACUGUAGUGUCUGCAGUUUUGUUUUGAUUGCCUCUUGAGUGUGUUUAAAAUGCUACUGUUGUUUUUUUCCUUUUGAAAACCAAUGUUAUGAAGCUGCUGCACCCUUGCAAGUAACAGGGAGCAUUUGAGGAGGUUUUCAUCUUGUGAUCUGAUACCAGUGUGUUGUGUGUCUUCCUGUGAUUGUACUGGCUGUUUCUUCCUCUGUUGUAAUAAUCUGUAAUUACCUUAGCUUGUGAUAAUCAUGGUUUAACAGAAGAAAUUUUUUUUAUAUUUAAAUUCAAAACUCCUACGAAAUAAAGCCCUUUUUAACUGGGA